CAUCCUUCCCACCUAUUUCCCCCACAAUGAAACUGUCCCGGGGUGAGAACCUCAGGCUUUGACAGCAGCCUUUCCUGGGCUCAGUUUUACUUUCCAUCUCCUACCAUGAUACCAUUUCUCCACCGGAAUUUCCAUUUCUGUUCUAUUCUUUCUUUCUGGCAUCCCCCAGAUUCCCCUAUAAAAAGAGAGUCCAAGCAUGAGAGAGAGAACAGAUCUCCAGAAUCUCUCAACCUGUGCCCUGGUCCACCAGCUCCUCUCUCCUUUCAAGAUCAUGAAGGUCUCUGUGGCUGCCCUAUCCAUCCUCAUGGUCAUGGCCUUCAGUUCUCUGGCAUCCUCUGCACCAAUGGGCUCUGACCCUCCCACCUCCUGCUGCUUCUCCUAUGUCAGCCAACAGAUCCAGAGAAAAUUUGUGACAGACUAUUAUGAGACCAGCAGCCUGUGUUCCCAGCCAGCUGUGGUGUUCCUGACCAAAAGGGGCCGGCAGGUGUGCGCCAAUCCCACCGAUGCCUGGGUGCAGAGCUAUGUGGAAGAUCUGGAGCUGAACUGAGGGGCUCAGAGGCCUGAAACAGGGAAUCUUUGUGGGAAAUGAACCAAGCUGAAGAAUUCCCCAGUCAGAUGCAUUCUCCCCACAGUUCAGCCUUCCUUGUCCCCUGUGAUAAUUCAUUCUUCUCUGUGAAACUUAAUGUAUGGAAUUUAUUUCAUAGUGACUUUGGGUAUUUAUUAGUUCUAUUGUUCCAUUUCUGGAAGACAACUGGUCCCAGUGGGAUCCUCUUUUAUCAUCCUGGCCUCUCUUCCUGAGACACUUUUGGAUCCCCUGCUCUGUUCCAUGAACAUCUAUAGUAUGAAGAUUUCAAAAUAAAAGUUUUCA